AGUGCAAUUUGUCUCCAAAGUUUUGGAGGAGAAAUCAGCUUCAGUAGAGGAUGAAUUACAGGCAGACUCCGCAAUCUUGCAAGCCAGUGACCCAUUUAUGUCAAAAGCCCACCUUGGAAUUGGCCAGGGUUCAUCCAUGACUUCUUCUGCAUUCGGGGCUACAUCAUCUACAGAGGAGAGUGCUGCUUCAGCAAGGCCCAGUCCAGACCGAACUUCAGGCACGUUGUCCCACGAGGAACAAAGGGAGAUUUUGAAGGAAAGUCAAGAGAUCCCCGUUCAGGAAUUUUCAGAAGUCAAGUCAAGUGGUGAGAACAUUGCAGGUAACAAGAGCAAGCUCCCAAGGGCAAAACCAGUUGCCCUUCAGAAGAAAAUGGGAGGAGAGAACCCUGAGACUGAAAUGACCACAGAAAGCCCCCCUGUUCCCAAAGCUACCUACCGCUUUGAUCCAGAGGAAUAUGAUGAAACUGUGAACCCAUUUAUGAUGGGAGGCUCCAAAUGUCCAAACACACCCCCUGCAUCUCAGCCAGGCACUGAUCCUCCAAAGAGUGACCCCAAGCAUCCCAGCUCUGCAGGAGCUGGAGAUUCCAAGACCCGGGCCAUGAAACUAGAGUUUGAUUUUGCCGAAGAAGCGGAAAUUGUUGAGCCCAAGAAACCUCCAUCGAGAAAAAUGGGAAAGAGGCCUGGCAGUAAGUUCUCUCCUAAGAGACAAAGAGGACCCACCACCCGGCCCGUUGCAGGUACUGAGGAUAAAGAGAAAACGCUAGCUCCCGAUGCAUCAGUGGCACCUCUUACCACGGCUACUCACCCGGGGGACACCAGCCAGUGGGAUGAUCCUGCCUUUAACCCCUUUGCGGGCAGCUCUUCUUUACAGGAUUCUCCCACACUCACAAAACGUUCAUAUCAUCUUGAUAUGGCAGAUCCUUUCAAGCCGACCACCAAGGCCUUGUCCACUGUAGGAGCUGAUUCUUGUCCUUCAGCAGAGAACAGUCUCAAUGAGAUCUUGGAGUCACAGGCACAAGAGGCUGUGGGGGAUGAUCUGAAGACAAGUUUGGCCUCCCCAAAGGGCUCCAGGUCACGGCUGAUAACGAGUGGCUGCAAGGUGAAAAAGUAUGAGACUCAUUCCUUGGCCCUGGAUACCUGCUCUCAGGGUGAAGAGGAAGCAGCACUUAUUUCCAAAAUCCCAGAUCUUCCCAGUCGAGACGGGCAUGCUACCGAUGAAGAGAAGCUGGCUUCCACAUCCUCCGGUCAGAAGCCAGCUGAGUUGGAGGUAAAAGGUUCCGAGAAAGACUCUUUGUACAAACUGGAAGAGAAGAAUAACUCCAGCGAUAUCUCAAGCAACCCUGAACUGUGUCCUAUGGAAAAGGCUCCUGGAAGUGCACCAGCCAGCACAACAGGAGGGGCUGAAAGCCCCCUGGAUGCCAUUUGCCUCAGUGAAUCUGAUAAGAUGGCUGUUCUGACUCUGAUCAGAGAAGAGAUUAUAUCUAAGGAAAUUGAAGCCAACGAAUGGAAGAGAAAAUAUGAAGGAAGUCGGCAGGAAGUUUUGGAAAUGAGGAAGAUUGUGGCUGAAUAUGAGAAGACAAUUGCGCAGAUGAUAGAGGAUGAACAGAGAACCAACAUGGCAUCUCAGAAGAGUCUCCAACAGCUGACAAUGGAGAAAGAACAAGCCUUGUCUGACCUGAAUUCGGUGGAGAGGUCUCUGUCCGAUCUAUUCAGGAGAUAUGAGAACCUGAAGGGAGUCCUGGAAGGUUUCAAGAAGAAUGAAGAGGCGUUGAAGAAGUGCGCCCAGGACUACCUCAAUCGGGUCAAGCAAGAGGAACAGCGCUAUCAGGCCUUGAAAAUCCAUGCAGAGGAGAAGUUAGAUAAAGCCAAUGAAGAAAUUGCUCAGGUGCGUACUAAGGCCAAAGCUGAGAGCGCAGCUCUUCAUGCCGGACUCCGGAAAGAACAAAUGAGGGUCGAGUCUCUUGAAAGGACCCUCCAGCAGAAGAACCAGGAAAUUGAAGAACUGACAAAGAUCUGUGAUGAGCUGAUUGCCAAGCUAGGAAAGACUGACUGAUGACCCAAUGUUAUCAUCUGGGGCGCCACACUUGGUUUCUUCCUGCUGUCUGUCUCUAUCUUCCAGCAAACAUCUUGCCUUAUUUUUCCAGAAAUAAUCUUUUCCCCCUUCACGGCAGCAAGAAAAAGCACAUGCUUCUGUAUCAAAGAACUACCACCUGCAAGAGGAGUGAAAAAUGCCCUAUUUGUACUCAUUUCCUGCAGUGUAGUUUAGACCUUCCUGCCUGUUCAGUGUUUGCAGGCUGUCCUGGCUGCAUGAAGCCAACAGAUAGACGCAGGACACGUGUUAGAGAUGUUGAUAGCUUUGCACAGAAGAGUUUCUGCACUUGGUUGACGCCUUGGCCCACAGAAGCUGCUGCAUCGGUGCCUCAAGGACAGUCACCUAAGGAAAGAGCAGCGUUGCAGAUACUUCAGUCUGAAGGCCAGAAAGUGAAAUUGCAGCUUAAUUGAAUCGAUGUUCUCCUGCAUGCACUAGUAUCAUCCCAACAAAGGCACGAGUGGAAUACAACAAGGGACAAAGCUAAUGUAGAUGCCACUGUUCCUCAAGGGAAGAUGCCCAGAUUCCAGAUGAAAAUUGAUUGGCUUUCCCGGGAGCAUGGCAUCUUUGCAAAUUGCAGUCAGCAACAAAGAAAAGAAACCCUCCCUCUCUUGAUCAUCAACACAGAUAAUGGGCUUGAGGCACAUGGUGUCGGAAGCUUUGUAGAUUUGAAAGUAUGGGCCGUGAUCAAUCAGUAAGCCCAAAGGCAGCCUUCUUAGACCCGAGGGGCCACGAGAUGUGUGGAUUUUGAGCUUAACAGUAUUCCCAGCAAUGGUCCUGCCAGCUGAGGGAGUCUUGGAUGCUGGAGUCUGCCCAUCUGAAAAGAUGGGGAAGGUUAAUAUAAGGUCCGCAAGUCUCUUAAAGAAGUAUGGCCAGCUAGUUUUCGAUUUGUCUUUCUGUUAGUGCACUUUAAAGCCAUGGCCAGAGUGUAGUGAUCCACAGUCCACCAGAAGAGGGCAUGCACAAAGUGAACUUGGAGUGAAGGCUCUUCCAAAAUAGUAAGAGCAGCUGUUACAAAUCCCCAGAUACACACACACACACACACACACACACACCAUUCACACCAUUCCUUGUCUUAGCAGUUUUCUCUGCUGCACAAGGAACGGAAUGGAGUACAAUGGAAAGCAAGUGAAGAAAUAGAAGUCAAACUUCCUUGCACCAAGUUCUGAUGGCUGAAGCUCCUUCCCAUGCCUCAUAGAGGUUUCCUGAGAAUUUGAUAUAAUUUCAAAUCUAAAAUGACUUGCAAAAAACAUUCCCCAUUCCUUGCAGUUGAGAUAACUGAAAUGGAGAUCUGUCUAGGAACCGCAAUUGUCCUGGCAAGUUUUGUGGUGACCACAAAUGUUUAUCAGACAGAUUCCUGCCUUUCAGCAUUCAGGCCCAAGACCUUUUCACAUUUCCCCCCUUUUUGGUGACCCACUGAACCACUGUGAUUAGUUCAGUGAGGGAUGCUCAAAAAUUCAUCCUUCAAGAGGCCCCAAGUUGCCCCAGUCCAGAUGUUGAAGCUGCCAUGCCCAGAAUUGAGAAUCGUAAUUGUAGCACACCUGAAAGGUGCCAAUUUGAGGUGGCAGGUGUGAACAUUUCUGGUACCAUGUUGGCACUGGCUUCUUGCAUACUCUGGCUGUAUCAAGUCAACAGGGGAGAUUUUUCUCUGCCUGCAGAUUCAAGGCUUGCAAUGAUCAGCUUUUGAAAUUCGUAGCACAGUUCUGCAUGCAGUCUUUCUGUAGAAAGGGAGUUCCAGAGAUCAAGCCAUGCUAUGGAUUGUUGGCUUUGCUUCUAAAGAAGCCAUCAUGUGUGGAGAGAAGCUGCAUAAGGAGGGGGACUGCAUUUUGGGGGGCUACCCAAAUGAUCCAUGCCUCCGCCUUGCAACCUCCCAAACAUGUUGCAAGGGUUUUGUGCUACUUUUUCCAAGCUGUUGCUCUCCAGAAGUGUUGUGUGACAAUUUCCACUAUUCCCAGCCAGUGCUAGCUGGAGAUGACUGGAAUUGUGGUGCGACACAUCUAGAGAGGAUCCAGUAAGAAGCUUCUAGCCUUCAGAGAAGCAGAAUGAAAUCUCUCUCAUCUGACCAAUAAUGCAAACCCCUCUUUCUGAGGAGGAUUGGCGUGCCAUUCUGAAGAGGAGCUUCACUUGCAAGCUUCUCUGAAGCCUUUUUCUCUCACUGAUGUCUCACAUGGUUAUCUUUCAGUUGAAACUCCUCCUCUUCUGCACUUUGCUGUCACACAUCAUUGGUGCACUACCAUGCUGCUGCUUCCCAGUGAAAUGCUAUUGUGGAACAGAGCUGGGAUACAAUCAAGUGUUUAUACUAGGCCAAAUUUCUUGGGCCCAGAGCUCUUGAGAUCAUGGAGUCAGGUGGAAAAUUGCUCUAAGGAAUGUUACUGAAUCCUGAGCUGCUGGGGAUAGAGUUGGCUUAACUGCAUAUCAGACCUGGGUGUGGAUCUAGGAGCUCUUGUUGGCAUCCUUCUGGCCUAUGGAGUAGCAUUUGGAAGAGCUGUCUGGCUAUCAUGGGAGACCUGCUUUCAGUCCCCAUAAAACAAUCAUCCUACAAGUGAGGUGUUGAUCACUUUAGCAGGCUGUUUAGUAGCAUCCUGCACCUGAAUCAAGGAUGGAGAGCUUGUGGCCUUCAAGAUGUUCAGCUCUGACUUGCAUCACCCCCAACUGGCAUGGUCAGGAAUGAUGGGGAUUGCAUGCAGAUGCUGGCCACAGGUUGUCCAUCUUUGACUAAAGGAAGGAGGGAUCAGAGAAACACAAGGUUUGUCCUGAAAGCACUCCCUGUCUUCUCCUUCCAGAGCUCCAUGGUUUAAUACCAUCCUCCAGCUUUUUGCUGGAUGUUCAGUGGUUGCACUUUUGUCUGUGGUGUGUUUUGUGCGGGUGUGUGUCUUCACAUGCACACUGUGCCAAAUGCUCUCUCGUUUUGUGUGCCUCUCAAGCAUGCCACUAAAGGGUGGACAAAGAAGAUUCCUAAGGAAUGAUAUUAUUAACUAUAAUAUGGUUAUUGUAGUUUGUUCAGAUAUGAAAAUUGUGUGUGCGCACAUGGGUGUGUAUGUGUGUGUACAUAUGUAUAUAUGUGUGUGUAUGUGUGUAUAUAUCUAUAGAUAGAUAUAUAGAUAUAUAAUGGAUAUAGUUCUAUAUAGUGCUGGGGUAUGGGUGUGUAUGUGUGAUUGAAAUCUGUAGAACUGUUGCACCUCAUCUAGCUUUGUGUGGCAAAAUGCUACUCAGACUGGCUGCUAAUUCUGUCCGUAAAGUCUCCUCCAUCUACAGUGAUAGCUUCUGCCAAUCUCUAAGGUUUUCAAAACUAUUUGAAAGAGGAGCACUGCUCUUAAGAAUUGCGUGCUUAAAAGCAAUACAAGGCGCUGCAGACAACAGACACAUUUCCACCAGCACUUGGUUGAUCGUGCACUGCUCAUACUAUGUAGGUGUCACACGAGAGAGGAGCUGCAGGGUUUCUGCAGCAAGCACCCUAUUUGUUCCAUAAUCAUUCACGUUGGCUGAAGUCACGCCACCUCACCCUAUUCCUGUUUUUGAGCUAUCUAAACACCUUAAAUAGUUUCUACCACUUAGUUCUGCUGAUGGCAGGAUAAGCACACAGCUGCAGCCCCAUAACUUGCAAGAUAUAUUAUAGGUUUAAGAUUAUCCUCUCGGUGAAAGUGUUCAUAGGUAUUGUACCCAAGAGAUCGCUAUCUGUGCCUGGAACUCCAAACUUGAGACGCGAAAGGGAGACGUUUUGAUGGCCUCUUCUACAUCGCCUUUCCCACCUUGGCCUCUUCCAUGUGUCUUGGGAUUGUGACUUCCAGAAUUACUUAGCCUUCUAGGUUUUGCAGUCCAACAUUUCUGAAGGAUGCUGUAUUACAGAAGGUGAUGCUAGAAUCUGUAUUUACAUGUUGGGGGAAGAUUUGUGAAGGACAUGAUAUUCUCCAAAAUAGUUCACAAUAAACCUAGAGCGCAGGUUGUGUCACAAGUAUAUGUGAGUCAAUGUCAUGGAUUCAAUCACAUAUCAAGGAUCAACCCUAGCUUAGGAGGAAAAAAAUUCAGAUCCCCUGUAUUAUUUUCUGAUAUCUGAUGCAUGGUUGGAGAAUCCACUGUAAUUCCAGAUCAAAAUGAAUGAGGUUUGUUUCUUUUUGGCUCUAAGCAUCUAUUUCUCUCUCUUUCUUCCAAUCACCUUUUGCACAAAGGAGUUGUCCUACUUCUGUAAAGCAAGUUAUUGCUAUUUGCCUGGGUACCAAAACUGAGAGCAUUAGUCUGUAACAAACUUUCAGUGAAAUGUUAGCUUGACUGUUCAUUUGGAUUCCCUAUAUCAUCUGGUAAAAAGCCCUACAGUGUCUAAUCCAGUGUUUCUCAGCCUUAUCAACUUUAAGAUGUGUGGACUUCAACUCCCAGAA